AUGGACUUGAAUCCCACGUACGAUCGCGAAAGUGGGGGGCAUCCCCGACAAUCACCUAGUGCCGAAUUCCCCCAGGCGGAUGGGUUUAGACAGGAGUAUCAGGGUAUUGUCGAUCAUCCCGCACCAAUAUACUAUCCGCAACACCUACCGAAUGGCCCGGGGUAUAACCUAUUUGCGAUGCCACAGACCCAUACUCCCUAUUCGAGCCAAUACCAGCCGAGUAGCAGCAAUCAAUUCUCGCCAAUGGCAUUUGGCACAUUCAAUGGCCAAUUCUGGAACCCGCAAAUUAUGAGCCGCAGCUCUUCAGCCACCCCCUCUUUCAUGCCUGUCGUUGACCAACGCUUUGCCAAUUCCAAGAUGGGAACCAUGUCCAGCCCGUUGGCCAUGACACCAUUCAACAACCUCUCUAGCUUUGGGAGCUCUCGACCUAUGAGUACAAUGUCCGGCGCUCCUGAACAAUUUUCCAAUGCAAAGCAUUCCCUCGCCAGAGAAAGAUCAGCAACACCACCUGUUGAAGUUCCUUCCCCGACUGCCGAGUACAUGCAGCAGGCAGCCAAAAAGCCACAAAGAUGUGCCUCGCAGCGCCCGUUGUUGGUUAUUCUUGAUCUGAAUGGCACCCUCAUCUACCGUAAGGUACGAAAGUUGCCUCCUAGGUUUGCCUCCCGAGCUGGUCUCGAGCAUUUCCUUGAUAUUUUGACCAAGAAAUAUUCUGUCAUGAUAUGGUCCAGCUCACAACCUGCGACGGUGAAUGCUGUUUGUCCGAUGCUAUUCACAAAAGAUCAACAUCAGGGCCUUGUGGCUCGAUGGGGCCGUGACAAGUUCGGUCUCACGAGAGCGCAAUACAAUUCUAAGCUCCAGGUCUACAAGCAAUUGCACAAGGUGUGGGAUUCUCCUGAAAUUCAGGCUGCGUACCCGGGUUCAAAGCAAAAGCCUACCAGUACGGGCAAAAAGAAGAAAAAGCUUAGGCGGGAACUACCUCUUGAUCAGCGAUGGGAUCAGACAAACACCAUCUUGAUCGAUGACAGCAAACUGAAAGCUCUCAGUGAGCCAUACAACAUUCUCGAGAUACCGGAGUUCACCAAUGACCCGAACGUCGAUGAGUCGAAUCUUUUCACGACAGUUCUUGCCAAGCUUGAUACGCUCUCCCGAUACGACGAUGUCAGUAAGGUCCUUCACGAAUGGAAUGAAACUGCCGAACAGAAAGGAAGCAGUGUCUUUAAUCUGGAAGAUUCGCCGGAAGAAGACUUGGAUGACGAUCCGGAGGGUGGCAUCAGCCUUCCCCAGCCUACCAAUGCUCCUCCCUCAGCUUCGACCACGCCGGCGAAAAAGAAGAAAAAUAAAAAGGCACGAAGUGAAAUACCAACAGACCCCGAAGCAAUUAAACUCGCGAGCGAGGAGCUUAAAGAGACACGCAAGGCCCGGAAAAGGGAAAAGAAAGCUGCCCAACAAGCCGCGAAAGCACUUUCUGAGCAAUCGAACCCAAAUCUCAAAGACACAGAGCAUACCUCUGGCGCACCCGUCAAUCCAGAUGGACCACCGAGUAAGAAAAACAAGAAACAGAAGAAAAAGGCUAAAUGGACAGAAGAGCGAGAGCCCCCUCGCCCAGGAUGCCAGCACAAUCGAUCCCUCAGCCCCGCGCUACAGCUUUCGACAUCGAGAUGCCGGGUUUUCAAUGGCUGA